GGUUGUGUUUAGGAGUAAUAUUAACAUGAGACACAGUGAUGGUGGGUUGUGUUUAGGAGUAGUAUUAACAUGAGAUACAGUGAUGGAUUGUGAUUUUGUUGGUUUAGAAGCAUACACUCAGUUUCACUUCCCUAUUCUACUUUCCUGUCUGUCCUCUCACAGGCCUCCUGAAUCAUAUUAGAAAUCUAUAGAUGCACAUUAGACUAUACAGAAUAUGGUCAUCUGUAACUCAGAUGGUAGAUCAUGGCACCUACAUCAUAAUGGGUUUGAUUCCCAGGACCAGCCAUAUGUAAAAUAUAUGCACACGGCUAUAAAUUGCUUUGGAUAGUUGAGUCUUCUAAAUGGCAUUAUUUAUGGACAGCAGAAUACAACAGACCACACAGUCUAAACAGCAGGCUAUGGUGAUGUUCAUUGAUGCUUCUGCUAGAUAAAACUACUAGCAGUACUGUACAGCAGAGGAGACUGGUGAGUGGAUAUAUUGGAGGAUGGACUCAUUGUGAUGGCUGGAAUGACGGGAACACCGUUCAUUUUAUUCCUAUUACUUCCAAAAUGAAUGAGGACAUCAGGAAUGGAUGGUGCAGUAAUGUUGAGAUGCCAGUAGGGAGAGCUCUAGUCUAGAACACUGGAACCUUCAGUACCACUUUGAUGCAGCUGAUGAGGAGUGACGGUCAUGGGUGUAUAAAUUAAAUGGGUUCUAAUUGGAUGACAUCAUGGAACUUUGACCUGUAUAUACAGAACUCAGAAUGGCAAGGCAACACAAUAAAUUGUUAACGUUAUAAAUAGUUGUCACAGCGUCCACAGAAGGUGGCGCCCCUCCACGGUUGGGCGGUGCUCGGCGGUCGUCGUCGCCGGCCUACUAGCUGCCACCGAUCUACGUUUCUGUGUCUUUUGGUUUUGUCUGUCUAGGUCCGCAUCUGUUUGUCUUUUUUGUUUGGGAAUUCGUGCGGGAUUAUUACAUGUCAUGUUCUGUGUGGUAGUCGGCAUUUUGCGCUGCUUCAGCUACGCAGCGUAAUUUUUGGAUUAGGCAUUAGGGUUGCCGGGCUGCGCCCCGUGUGUUUUUAUUUUGGAGCUGUCCUCCUGUCUUGUGUUCUGCGCACCCUGCCUUGUGGCGACUUUAUUUAUCGGUGAUUAUUAAACAUCUGUUCAAACGGACCUCAGUCUCCUGCACUUGACUCUACCCCUUUCCUGCUAUCAAGGAUAGCUCUGACAAUAGUACAGUCAACACAUUGUUUACAUGGUUCUGUAUGUUGUAUAAAGAUCACAUUGGAAAUGGACACAUUUUUUAAAUAAAAUAAUUGUAGGGCCAGGCUCGUCUUUUUCACAAUUUCUGUUAAAAUACAGUAACAGCACUUUUCUGACUUGCUGGUCUGGUUGUCAUUUAUGUUAAUGUCUUAAUUAAACAGGGAGGACAGUUCUGCAUUAGCUACUUGUGUUCUGACUGCUUUUAUAAUGUGUCAACACUUACUUCUUGUUUUCACUCACUACCAGUCAGUUGACUCACUGUACAAGACCUCUCCCCUUCACUUCACUCUGUUGGGAGAUGCAACAAUGACCUUGAGAACAGCAGGAAGUAUGUUGGUUGUCUUUCUCUGGUCUGUGGCAGUUGUACUGGGGCAGAAUGGCUGGAGUGUGACUUACACCACUCAGAGUAUCUGUGUCUUGAAGGGGUCAACAGUGAAGCUGACCUGCUCUUUCAGAUAUCCCAGAGGUCAGAAAGUCACAUCAAACUUCUGGUUCACUAAAAUGGAGACUGAAGAUAUAGGUCUGGACCCAGAAUAUGCAGGUCAUGUGGAGUAUCAUGGGGAUAAGGAGAAAGACUGCACCCUGAGAAUCACAGACCUGAGAGAGAGAGACUCAUCUACGUACAGGUUCAGAUUAUUAACAGAUCAGGAAGGAGGGACAUAUACUGGAAGUCCUGGAGUCACUCUGUCUGUCACAGGUCUUCAGGUGAAGGUGACUGGUGGACACCAGGAUAAGAUACUGACCUGUAUCACCACCUGUACUCUGACUGACAACCCCACCUACAUCUGGUACAAGAACGGACAACAUCUAGAUGAAAGCACCUCCCCCCAGUACAAAGACCCAGUCUCCAGUAACUACAUUGAUGGUUAUUCCUGUGCUGUAAAAGGCCAUGAGGAUCUCCACUCUCCUGCAGUGUGUGUUCAGGGUCAGGACUGCAGCAGAGUAACUUACACCAAGAGGAGAAUCUGUGUCUUGAAGGGGUCAACAGUGGACAUAUCCUGUACUUAUGUUGGUUAUUAUUCCACCACAUCAACAUUCUGGUUUAGAAGUGAUAAGUCGACCCCUGAAGACCUAACCAGAGACCCAGGGUAUACAGGUCGUGUUGAGUACACUGGAACAUACAAAGGUCCCUUCACCCUGAGAAUCUCAGAUCUGAUAGAGGAGGACUCAGCUGAGUAUCGCUUCACUUUUAAAACUCAAAACUUUGAAUGGGGUCAUAGUUUCCCAGGAACAACUAUGUCUGUUACAGGUCUGCAGGUGAAGGUGACUCCUGCUGCAGAGGGACAGAAGACACUGACCUGUAGCACCACCUGUACUCUGACUGACAACCCCACCUACAUCUGGUACAAGAACGGACAACGUCUAGAUGAGCCCACUUCCCAGCAGUACUCUGUCAAUAGUUAUUAUUCAGACAGUUACUCCUGUGCUGUAGAAGGCCAUGAGGAUCACCACUCUCCUGCAGUGUGUGUUCGGGGUGAGAGCUGUAUGAAUGUGACUUACACCCAUCAGAGUAUCUGUGCUUUGAAAGGGUCAACCGUGGACAUAUCAUGCUUUUACACACAUCCCAGUUGGCAUAACCUCACAGAAGUAUCCUGGUUCAACAAAUGGGAGUCUGGUGUAACUAAAGACCUGAGCCAGGACUCAGAGUAUACAAGUCGUGUGGAAUACUAUCGACAAACAGAAAAGGACUCCACCCUGAGAAUCACAGACCUGAGAGAGAGUGACUCAACUGAGUACAAGUUUAGAUUUACAACUGAUAAGGCAAGAUGGGGGGUACAGCUUCCAUGGAACAACUCUGACUGUCACCGGUUCUCGGGUGGAGGUGACUCCUGAAUGGAGUUCAGAGUCGAAGACACUGUCCUGUAGCACCACCUGUACUCUGAGUAACCCCAACCUCAUCUACAUCUGGUACAAGAACGGACAACAUCUAGAUGAGAGCACCUCCCCCCCAGUACAAAGACCCAGUCUCCAUUAACUAUGAAGACAGCUACUCCUGUGCUGUAAAAGGCCAUGAGGAUCUCCACUCUCCUGCAGUUUGUGUUCAGGGUCAGAGCUGCAACAGAGUGACUUACACCAAGAGGAGAAUCUGUGUCUUGAAGGGGUCAACAGUGGACAUAUCCUGUACUUAUGUUGGUUAUUCCACCACAUCAACAUUCUGGUUUAGAAGUGAUAAGUCGACCCCUGAAGACCUAACCAGAGACCCAGGGUAUACAGGUCGUGUGAAGUACACUGACAAAGAGACAUGGAGAAAUGAAGGUCCCUCCAUUCUGAGAAUCUCAGAUCUGAUAGAGGAGGACUCAGCUGAG